CGAACCCAGGGCCUUGCGUGUAGGGAGCGGUGCGACAGCUGUAUGAUAAUGAGGUGAAUCUGGCGCCCUCCUAACAACAGUACUGAGCAUGCGUGGAGUUUUGCACCUGACGUCAGUCUGGCUGGGGCGGUACUAUGCUAAAUGGGAGUUCAUGCCUCGCCAAUCUCUGGAGGACAAGUAGCUGGGAUGCAGUGGGGUGACUCGUGCCCCACCAAUCCCUGAAAGAAGAUUAGCAUACUGUUGUGUAUAUAAGCCGAGCGGCUUUGCCGCUCGGCGCGGUAACACUUAAAGCUGUAACACUUGGAGCUGUAACACUUGGAGCUGUAACACUUAGGGCUGGCUGCCGCCGCCUCCCUGUAUCAACAAAGAAGGUGUCCUGCAGUAAAGGCUGUUGAGAAGAAUCCAACCGUGUUGCGUCUUCCUUGCCGGACGAGGUGGGCGCGACAAAGUGGUGGCCCGUACGGGGACGGGGACGAGGACAUCCUCGUGGAUCUCAGAACUCUUCAGCUUCAGGACGAGCGACGUCGGAAAAGUUCCCGGUAAGGGACGAUAAAGUUCUCUGGAGAAUCAAGAAAAUCCAAUUUGGGUACCUGAGCGCUUGACUCGAAAAUUGCCUUCUGCUCUUCCUGAAGAUGAGACUACGAACCCUACUAUUGCUACUGGGAAUGAUAAUACAGGUUAAUUCGAUCACCCUGUGGGCUAUUGCCAGAUCCUGGCCAGUACCCAUGCCAGUCCAUAGCAAUUCUACUGUUUUACCAAACUUUUUCUCUACCUCCUGUUUGCGUGAUGUUCCUUGUAUAGUGCCAACUGGAGAAAUGCCCCAACGGUAUGCCGCCACUAACGUUUCUCUGUUGCAUACCUUAUGUUUUACCAUUAAAGACUCUUCCCUGCCCUGUAUUUGGUUGCGUAGAGCCACGUUAGCUAAUUGGUUGAAUCCUAUAAGUGAUAGCACAAUGAACACCGGGAUCAUCCUGGCUGCUUUGAGUCAAAUUGCCCAGGGAGUCUCUUCACAGAGCGAGGACAUGUCAGUCGAUAGUUCUGCUGAUCUGAACAUUACAACACUAAUUGUGAUGCAUAAUUGUAGUGUUCCAUCACGCCCAGGGCAAGGUAACUAUGCACAGAAUAGCUCUACCCGUCGUAGAGUCUUACCCGCUUGCCCCCUGCAUCAAGAGUUUCCACCUAAUUUUACCCCAUGUCAGAGUCCAUUCCAUAGAACAAAACAAUUCCUACCGGGAUUUGAAUUUUCCCCUCCUCUUGGCCAUGUACAGUAUGACUGGGGGGAGAAUAAGACUGGCAAGCAUAAUCUCUGGCCUUGGUUUCAAUGGGUGCUGUCCAAUGAGCAAGGGGCAUAUACAUCCCUGACCCCCUUUGCUAGGUUGAUGGGUGAGAACUUCACGCUGUAUAAUGUUUCGGCUACCAGAAAAAAUGAUACCAGGUUGACCAAUAUUCAAUAUAAUAACCUCUUGGAACAUAAUACUGCCACUAGUACUUCAGUAUGUGUUAGAUCACCUUUUUCUUUCUGAUAAGCACUAAUGUCAACAAUGGUGUUUUAAAUUGUAAUAGCUCUGAUGUAGUCUGCUAUUUAGCUGAAUGCUGAGAUGGCAACAAUGACACCGCAGUAAUGGUCAAGAUUCCCUCCUUUGUGCCAAUCCCAGUAGAGGCAAACCCAGAUAGUUUUCCUAUUCUUAAUUUGCUGUGAACCAAAAGAGAUUUUGGAAUUACGGCAGUCAUAAUUUCAGCCAUCGUGCUGUCUGCUGCCGCAGCUACCACAGCUGCAAUUGCUAUGACCAAUCAAAUACAGACGGCUGAGACUGUCAAUCAGAUUGUAGAAAGAACUGCAAUGGCGCUAGAGAUACAAGAAGAAUUUAAUACUCAUUUGGCAUCUGGCCUUCUAUUAGCCAAUCAAAGGAUAGAUUUAGUUCAAGAACAAAUUGAAGCACUGUAUCAUAUGACACAGCUGUCUUGCGUUUCCUCCCUAAGAGGUUUAUGCAUUACUCCUUUGCAAGCCAACUUUUCUCAACAUUCUCAACAGAGCAAAGAAAUCUCAAAUUAUCUGAAAGGAAACUGGUCCAUGAAAGCAGAGCAACUAUCCAGACAAUUGCUGAUGCAGAUUGCUGUCCUCAACAGCACUAGGCUGGACCCCAUCACAAUUGAAGACUUUACCUCAUGGAUUACCAAUGCUUUCUCCUUUUUUAAGGAGUGGGCGGGCAUGUUUGCCUGGGGAGCUAUUGUCCUCCUGGGAUGCGGAGUAUGUCUCUGGCUUAUUGGCCGUUUAAAAAGAGAACAUGCCAGACACAAAGCGGUUGUUUACCAGGCUAUGACUGCCAUUGACAAUGGUGCUUCUCCCAAUGUAUGGCUGGCCUCUUUGAAAGAUUAAGAGUUCGCCCUAGAUCAUUUUUGUCACAGUCAUGUGGGGUCAUUGUAUCCAGGGACGGGCAACUUUCCUCGAGCUCGGACCAACCUAAGACACGGGGCCCGGUGGCGAUAGGGUGACCCAACGAUGGGUAAGGCCAAGUCAUCGUCAGGAACGACCUAAGACAGGAGCAAUGACAAGAUUGACGUGACACCCAGAUCUAGACCAGUCAUUUUAUUAAACAAAAAAGGGGGAGAUGUAGGGAGCGGUGCGACAGCUGUAUGAUAAUGAGGUGAAUCUGGCGCCCUCCUAACAACAGUACUGAGCAUGCGUGGAGUUUUGCACCUGACGUCAGUCUGGCUGGGGCGGUACUAUGCUAAAUGGGAGUUCAUGCCUCGCCAAUCUCUGGAGGACAAGUAGCUGGGAUGCAGUGGGGUGACUCGUGCCCCACCAAUCCCUGAAAGAAGAUUAGCACGGCGCGGUAACACUUAAAGCUGUAACACUUGGAGCUGUAACACUUGGAGCUGUAACACUUAGGGCUGGCUGCCGCCGCCUCCCUGUAUCAACAAAGAAGGUGUCCUGCAGUAAAGGCUGUUGAGAAGAAUCCAACCGUGUUGCGUCUUCCUUGCCGGACGAGGUGGGCGCGACACUUGCGCUCGCUAGGCAAGCGCUCUAUCACUGAGCUAAAUCCCCAACCCUGGUUCAUUUAAUUUUAUCUUGCCUUAAUAGCAGGCUUUCCUUGUUCCUUUGUAUAGCCUCAACCCCACAAAGUACAUCUCAGCAUACAAUAGGUCUCUAUAGAGAAUUUGGGCAUGUUAGCUCAGCAGAAGGAUACCUGCCUUCCAUGUGUUGCUCUUAGUUCCAUCCCUGAACAGAAGUAGACAGAUACCUGAAUGGGGAUGGAGCGGGGUAUCUCUCACCCUCUAGUCCCAACUACUCAAGAUGCUGAGAGAGAAGGAUCAUUUUCUGGGAAAGUGACAGAGCAAUCAUUUAUUACUAUCUUUUAAGCUUUAUUAAAGGGGGAAAGAACUACCUAGGGUUGAGGGGCCCCGGAGCACACCCAGAAAGUUCCAUGAAGACCUCAGCAGUUUCAGGCCAGUUUUAAGUAAUAGUAAAGACUGUUCAAGUGUUGAAAGCCCAGGACCUCAGUUAGUAUUCCCAUUAUCCACAUAAAAGCCAGGGAUGGCUGCUGGCAUCUGUAACCGUAGGGAUAGGGAGACUGAGAAGGGAGUAUCCCUGGAAGUUGUUGGCUAGCCACUAUGGCAUGUCCCCAGUUUCAGGUUCUGUGUCUCAUAAAUUAAAGUGGAGCAUGAAUAAGGAAGACAUCUGAUAACCUCGGACUUCCUAGUGUAAUCGCCACAUACAGGUUAAAAAGAAUCUGUUGGGGUGCCAAGAUAGCUCAAUGAUUAAAGGCGGUGCCGCCAAUCUUUACUACCAGAGUUCAAUGCCAAGGAUCCACACAGUGUAAGGCGAGAAUGAACUCAAGUUGUCCUGGAUCUCAUUUUCACAUAUAACACACCAACUGGUAAACCUCUGUAUUCCUAGUUCUCAACGUUUAUACUAGGAGUACACUGUCUAGCGUUUGCCCUCUGCCUACUCUUCCCAAAGCUGGGAAAACUGAAGCUGACUCGAAUGCCUCCAGACUCCCUCCGCACAGCCUCCCUGGACGCCCAGACACCUCUUCCCCCCAUUUUUACCCCCGUGAUUUCCACGCGGUAAGGACCGCUUUCCAAUCACAGCUGAGUCACCAGGAUCUCAAAAGUUUCCCCCAAAUCCUUGCCAGGGACCGGAAAAAGUCGUACUGUCCUGAGGGCAGAUCGUCGCCUGGCCUGGCCGGAAAAAGCCUACAGAAAGUCCCCGAAGUCAUCCAAUUCUCCAGCCACCAAAAGGACGGGGCAGAGGGCCACCCCGGGAGGCCAAGCCCCGCCCCUGCCCGCAGCGGAAACCGGAAGCAGCCGCAGGCCCAGCUAGCCCUGCGGCGCCGAACUCUAUAGUCUCCGAAGCUCGCAGGACUGGGGUGAAGAUGGCGGAGGAGUUCUCCAACACGACCCAUGAGAGCUUCAACUUCACCCUUCACACCACUUUGGGUGUCACCACGAAGCUGGUGCUGCCAACACCAGCCAAGCCUAUUCUUCCGGUGCAGACAGGAGAGCAGGCCCAGCAGGAGGAGCAGUCAAGUGGCAUGACCAUUUUCUUCAGCCUUCUCGUCCUAGCCAUCUGCAUCAUCCUGGUGCACCUGCUGAUUCGGUACCGACUGCACUUCCUGCCUGAGAGCGUGGCUGUUGUUUCUCUAGGCAUUCUCAUGGGAGCAGUUAUAAAAGUUAUAGAGUUUAAGAAGCUGGCAAAUUGGAAGGAGGAAGAAAUGUUUCGCCCCAACAUGUUUUUCCUUCUCUUGCUCCCACCUAUCAUCUUUGAGUCGGGAUACUCACUGCAUAAGGGGAACUUCUUUCAAAACAUUGGCUCCAUCACUCUCUUCGCUGUCUUUGGAACAGCAAUCUCAGCCUUUGUAGUAGGUGGAGGAAUUUACUUCCUGGGUCAGGCUGAUGUAAUCUCUAAACUCAACAUGACAGACAGUUUCGCGUUUGGCUCCCUGAUAUCUGCAGUUGACCCGGUUGCCACUAUUGCAAUUUUCAAUGCACUGCACGUGGACCCUGUCCUCAACAUGCUGGUGUUUGGAGAAAGCAUUCUCAACGAUGCAGUCUCCAUUGUCCUCACCAACACGGCUGAAGGUCUAACAAGAAAACAUAUGUCAGAUGUCAGUGGGUGGCAAACAUUCUCACAAGCCCUCGGCUACUUCCUCAAAAUGUUCUUUGGCUCUGCAGCGCUUGGCACGCUGACUGGCUUGAUUUCAGCAUUAGUGUUGAAGCACAUUGACCUGAGGAAGACGCCUUCCCUGGAGUUUGGCAUGAUGAUCAUUUUUGCUUACCUGCCAUAUGGCCUGGCGGAGGGUAUCUCACUCUCAGGCAUCAUGGCGAUCCUGUUUUCUGGCAUCGUGAUGUCACACUACACACAUCAUAACCUCUCCCCAGUCACUCAGAUCCUCAUGCAGCAGACCCUCCGGACUGUGGCCUUCCUGUGUGAAACAUGUGUGUUUGCAUUUCUUGGCCUCUCCAUUUUUAGUUUCCCUCACAAGUUUGAAAUUUCCUUUGUCAUCUGGUGCAUAGUGCUGGUUCUGUUCGGCAGAGCUGUCAACAUCUUUCCUCUGUCUUACCUGCUGAACUUCUUCCGGGAUCACAAAAUCACCCCCAAGAUGAUGUUCAUCAUGUGGUUCAGUGGUCUUCGAGGGGCCAUUCCCUAUGCGCUGAGCCUGCAUCUGGGUCUGGAGCCCAUGGAGAAGCGCCAGCUCAUAGGCACCACCACCAUCAUCAUUGUGCUCUUCACCAUCCUGCUGCUGGGCGGCAGCACCAUGCCCCUCAUCCGCCUCGUGGACAUCGAGGACGCCCGGGCUCGCCGAAGGAGCAAGAAAGAUGUGAACCUCAGCAAGACUGAGAAGAUGGGAAAUGCUAUCGAGUCAGAACACCUGUCUGAGCUCACUGAGGAGGAGUACGAAGCUCACUACAUCAGACAGCAGGACCUCAAAGGCUUCAUGUGGUUGGAUGCCAAGUAUCUGAACCCCUUCUUUACACGGCGGCUGACACAGGAGGACCUCCAUCACGGGCGUAUCCAGAUGAAAAGCCUCACCAACAAAUGGUAUGAGGAGGUCCGUCAGGGACCAUCGGGCUCUGAGGAUGAUGAGCAGGAGCUGUUCUGAGCCCACAGUGCCUCCCAGAGCCUCCUCAGAACACAAGAUGGUAGGUCAAGGGCUAGUCCUAGCUAGGAAGCUUCAGGCCUCUGGAGCAUGCUGGCUUCCGAAAUGUGAUAGGCCUCUAUGACUCAUGGAACCAGACAGACCCAGGCCAGUGUUGUUCCUGGGCCUGUAGAGGAUGGCAGUCGCCAGCCUCCUCCUGCCUCUCUGCCAGGCCACAGAGAAAACUUUGGGAGGCUGCUUGCUCAUCUCACACCUGUCUGGGCCAUGCCUUCCUCACACCUCUGGAGCAGCUGCUGGCGGGCACAUCUGCCAUUGUCUCUGAAUUGUCAAGGUGCCUUGGUGUCGGCAGCAGCAACUUCGACCUGUACCAAGGCCAAGAGACUCUGAAGCCUCACAGUCCCUGUUCUGUGUCUUGCACUCCCUAAGAGAAAGACUGAAGGCCUGGUACUUCCAGCCUGCCUUUGGAAAGGCCGCUAUGGCCCACCGUCCUGUGGGCACAAUGCAGAUGUUUACACUGGUGCCUGGCAGGGGUCAGCCUGUAGGCUUCCAGGAAAGGUGUUCGCCCAUCGCCUGGGCUUGGAGUGUUCUCUGAAGAGACAAAAUGGAAGCACAGGAUCCUUGGGGGCACCUUUCCCAAGUGUGGGAGUCACCUCCAUGUCUCCUCUCCCACCAUCUCAUCUCUCAUUUCUGCCCUCUGUCUCCCCAGUAGCCUCUUUCUAGACCCUGUAAUGUGAAACUCUUUCCAUCUACCUGCUCUUCAGAGCCGAGCUUUGUCUUUUACCAAUUUCUGGAGCUCUGCCCUCCAUGCUGGGGCCCCAGCUCUCCAAGACACCAGGGCUGUGCUCCCCACUUUGGCCACUUGGAUUCCGGUGACUUUGGGCCACAGAAAUACGCACCCAUGCAUGUCACAGGAUAAGGUGCUGGAUCAUACCACAGGCAAUGGUUGUUGCCUGAUGUCCUCACCUGCCCUUUUAUAACUGCUGUCCUCUGCCCAUCCGUGGCCCUUUGGCAAUUACCCAUGUGGCCCUAGUCCCCCAUUGUACUCUGGGUGGCUUAGUUGUGUAUGAUCCUGACUCACAAUGGGGACACAGUGGGCUUUGUUACAGGUGGUUCUGACCUCAAGUGCUGUGGUUCUGAUGUUGGGAAGGUCAACCAGGCCUCUAAGGCCCUGCCACCUCACUGUGCUGCAGAACUGGGUGAGGGUGAGGUUGGAAGCAUGUAGUUUGCUUCUGUACAUACAGUCCUCUUCCUUGGCUCUCACCUUAGCACUGGAUCUGGAGCUGCUCUGGCCCUGUGUACUUUUGGGAUAAAGGGGCUGCGCUCAGGCUGGGUUCUUCUCUUUCUCAGAACUCAGGCUCCGUCUUUGAGAUGGAGUCAGGCCACUGUUCAGCUGGCCCCUUGUCUCCAGGUCUCCUGUCCCUGGGACAUUUCUUGGCCUCCUAUUUCUAUCUGAGACUGAAGCCAGCUUCCCAGAGCACCAGCUCUGUGCACUAACUAGUAGGCACCUCUGCCUCUUGCUGGAGGAUAUAGGCUGAGCACCCUGGGAGACUGCACAGCCUUUCAAAGCCAUUGGCCAGGGAGCAAAGUGCUAGCUGUUUUUCAUUGUUCAGAUGUUUUACCUGAGAAACAAACUGUUGCCAUCACAUCCUCAGACCUGCUAGUGCCGUUGUGUGCAGUUUUGAAGGCGUAAAUGGUACAAGAUGCCGUCCCAGUUGUGCUUGGAGUUUCAGGUCUAGGCCAAGGGACAGGCCAGCUGGGCACACAGAAGGUAAUACUUCAGAGUAGGGAGAGACAUGGAUGCCCCUGGGUAUCUGGCACUUUAGCCAGUGGUACAGGCCACAGAGGUACAGGCCACACGCUGUACCUCCCAGUGGUCCAUCCCUGCAGCGCAUAUGAGCCAGGUCUUGGAAUCAGUGACAACGCUUUCUGCAGUGCUGUGGUCACAGGGUCCCUUCAAACAGCCCUGUCCAGCAUCUUGACAGGCUGAGGGGCUCGGUGUACAGAUUUCUUUCUGUGGAUGCCAAGAAACUGAGCAGAGAGCCUUCUUAAAACCCACCCUAAGGGCUACCAGGUCCAUGUGCCCAUGGUAGGGACCCAGCAGAUGCUAGCCUGACCCCUCCUCCCUUAGCUAUGUAGGUACAUGUGGUAGAGGUUGGCUGCUCCUGGCUCAAACAGGAGGAUCCAGUAGCUGUCUACCACCCACCAGGUUUCUAAGAUGCCAUGUGGAGACGGGGUCCACCCCAUUCUCUUCAGAAAUAGCAGCUUGUUUUCUCUGCUGGCAUGUGUCCAAGCAGCGAGAGCAGACUGGUAACUGAAAGCACAUAGGAGCAUGAGGCAGUGAGAGCCCAGGGGAGGAAGCCUUCUGGUGACCCUGCUUCUGCAUCCUGCCUUCCCAGCUGUCCACCAGUUUCAGAGGAGGUGCCAUGCUCCCUCACCCAGGCACCGUCAUAUGCAGUGGCUGGCCCUGUUUUAGAGCCAUGCAACACAGGCCGGUGAGUGGUAGAGCUGCACUGCUUCCACAAGGGGAGGCAGAAGGCUCUCCUCACAAGCCUGCUUGCUUUCUUCUCUAUCAGUGGAGGGUUUUGGAAGCCCUAGUUUUCUGCUGUGAUUUAGGGAGGCCAGGUUCAAGGUCCCUGGGACCUUUGCUGCUUUGGGAGGGGCCUGGGGUCUGAGCUAGAGGGAAGCUUGUCACUCUUCGGGAGCUUUCCUCUUGCCUGUCUGCUCCCCUCACCCCACCGCUGAAUUGGGGAGGGGUGUCCCAGGCCACAUCACUGGAUAGUUAGAAAUAAAUUGCUGUGCAAUCAAAGCUGA